UUGAUGGAUUAGUUUAAUUGGAAAAGUGCAAUCAUUCGGGGAGGGUGUUGUGUUGUGUCCUCGAUCUCGGCCGUGGGGGUUCCUAGUGUUUUUCCUGAAGAGUGCGUUACCUAUUACACGUUGAAGAACUUAAGGAACGAGGCCAUACGCAUCAAGAGUGCGAGUUGAUACAAUUGAAGCAUGGAUGAGUGAUAUCCUGUUAGUCACAGCAGGAAUGUCGCAGCCGGAUGAAAGCGAUCAGUGAUAAUAUGUACUUGAAGAAAUGGCGAAGCGAUAUGGAAAGCACUUCUAUGAAUGGAUCAAGCGAAUACGAAAACAAGAAUAAAUAGAAAAUAUACCAAUAGAUCAUUGAAGUUUGGAAUUGCACUGGCAAAGGAAGGAACUAUUAACUAGUGCUGGUGAAUACAACGAAACUCGGUGAAAGAUGUGUCUAGAACAAUCGAUAUCAAAAAGUGUCAUAGAAGCAACGUGAUCAGAAGUAAUGGUUAGUGUUAAAGAAAUACGAUUUUUCCAAUUGAUAUUGUUGAUAGUGCUGGUGCUGUUUGACGUGGUGGCAGUUGAUCGCCCAGUAACGGAAGUACAGAAUAGUUUGGUGACAUCAGCACAAUGUGAACCAGAUUCGCAGCUAUCAACUACGCCAGUGAACUCGAUAAUUGAAAGUUCUACGAGUGAUUGGACAACGAUCGAGGAUGACUUAACAGCAACAACCACUACAGAUGAUCAAUCAACAGUAACAAUCCAAACGGAAAACUAUCUUUCAAACGAGAUAGAUGACUUUUAUCACACGACUUGCCUGAUCCUCAGAACAAAUGUUGCCGAAAAAAACGACCGUAAAGGCCUUCCAGGGUCUAAAUCGUUCACGUUCACUGGGCAACCCAAUCCUGGUGUCUCUAGUCAGAGCAGUGACAUUCUCAACGUGAUCCUUACCUACCAUCCAGCAGUGUUAGAAGAACAUAUUUGUGUGACGUUUCUGGAUGGCUUUGAGCAUCACGUGGAAAACGUGAUAAUCCGAGGGGCGAAUUUCUAUGGAAUUGUGAAACCAGAUGCCUCUCAUUUGGAGACAAAAGUUGUCAAUCGCUGCGACCUUUACACAUACAAUAUAACAGCCGAGUACCAAAAUGGUAAAUCGCAGGUAAAACAAUUGUUCACCGAUGAGCUUGUUGGAAGCUAUCCGGUAAUUGUUGCAAAAGAUGGAUAUAUAGCAAUAGAAUGGAAAAGCAUAGAUACGAGGAACUGUUUUACAUCGUUUGUGGUAGAAGAGAGAUCUAUGAAUGGAACAUUAGGGAAACACAGCCAUGUGAUUUCCGGGGCUAAACAAAAUGAAGUGCUAUUCAUUCGACUCAACGCAACUGAUGUAUGUUUAUUGGAGUCUGUCAACGUUAGCGCGAUACUAAACGAUGGUUUGCAAUGGGUAAUGCCACCUCCUCUAUGGAAUUCAGUUCAAAAUCUCCGUGUACAGUACAUAAAUUCCAGUGCUAUUCAGUUAGCUUGGGACAUUUCAGAUAUUUAUUCACAUUGCGUUACACAGUUCAGAAUUUUUGUCGCGAAUGGUUCAUCACUCUUUUGGAGCACCACGCUAUCAAACAUUGUUAUCAAUGAUUUGGAAUCCUGUAAGAACUACUACUUCUAUGUGGUACCUGUAGAUCGAUACGGUCGGAAGCACCGUACUACCAACAUUUCCGUGUCCCUGCCUGAAGAACCCAUUUCUCGGGUUCAAAAUGUCCGAUUGAAAGGUCGAGAAUUGCGCUGGGAGUUACCUGCUAGAGGCUCAAACUGUUUGGAUCGCUUCAUCGUGAUUCAAAAAACAGAAAAUGACGAGCACUCGAUCACCAACACUACCGUUGUAGCGAAGAUGUCUACACUUCGUAAAUCACAACCAGUAGUCUUCCGGUUCCGUAAAAUGACCGAUGAAAUAUGCCCAAUGUCUGGCCCACUUCAACUGAGCAUAAUACCCGUAUCGGCUAGCGAUCAGCUGGGCCCUUCCUACGAGGUAACAGUUCCGCCUCCGAAGCCAGGUCCUGUACAGCAGUUAACCACAGAUACAAGCGUUGAACGGCAAAUAACGUUGACCUGGAAAAAGCCUGCCCUUCGUCCGGAGUGUGUAAGCAUGUACCGAAUUUCCUACGAUGACCGGAACAUUACGAGUAGCGAAACGACAGUCACAAUAUCGAACCUUAACUCUUGCGUUGAGUACAACUUUACCGUAGCUCCGGUAGACUUUGCUGGAGAGGAUUGCGAAGGUGUAACGGUGAACGCAACCGUGAAGGAAGAGAAGUUAAGUGAAGUGGAAGACUUGGAGCUGGUCGAAGUCGAUCCUCGGUCGUUGAUGGUCAGGUGGAAACCUCCGGCGAAUGGUACGUAUUGCGUGGCUUCCUACCGGUAUGUGGCGUGGGUUACCGGGGAUAGUGAAGUCCCGGUUCAAAUUUCAAACUCUACCACGGACGUCCAUGUUACCUUUGUGGAGGUGUUUGCAUGUACCAAGUACAACGUUCAGGUCAUACCAGUGUCCAAGGGAAACAACGAUGGCAACAAUAUGAUUGCAGAGAUUUUGACGAAAGAGAGAGUAAUCUUAAGAUACCACAUUGAUCCCGUGCGGAUGAGAAACCAAAUGGCAAGAAGUCUUGAACUGCAAAGCGCAUUGACGAAUGAUAAUAACAAUUUAUGUGAACUGUAUUCUGUACGGUUUACCUGCAGUACGUAUGAGUCGGAAGAUGAAGAGCUUACAGUGAUAACAGGUGAGGCACCUAUUGAGGAUCCAAAAUCUGCUUUCUCAGCCGUUGUUGCUCCACUGAUGCCAUACCACGAGUACAAUUGUUCAGCAGCGAUUCUCAAUAAGGCCGGUUGGUCCGAUGAAACUUCGGCCGUCACCUUCAUUACCGGAGAAGAUUUUCCAGAGCAUCCACGAAACCUGCAGUUGGUGGGAAGCUUUCGCAUGAUUGAAUUACGUUGGACAGCGCCUCAGGUGAAGAAUGGAAUAAUUACGCGCUAUCGGGUUCAUAUCAGGUCAGAAGGUGCACGAUAUCCAAACCCUACUUAUUGUCCUGAACCCGACCCUUACACUUCCACGUUUGAUCUGCAUGAAGAAGAUGAUAACACCCGUGUAGGAAAUUGGAACAAUGACGAAUUAGAUCAUAAGAUUUCUUUUCUAAUGCCUUACACCGAUUACGUGGUUCAAGUUGCUGCCGCAACUAAGGCCGGAUUGGGACCAUAUACCGAGAUGGUGUCUGUGUCGACACUACCAGAGAAACCUGACCCAGUUCACGAGUUCCUAGAGUACAACGUUACUCUGCCGGAGAUAGAUAAACCGUACAAUUCGACUGUGAGCCUCACGUGGAAAAUUCCGUGCAAUCUAAACGGACGAUUGCGUAGCUUUGCGGGUCGCUUCGUUGGCUUCCGAAGCGGUUUGGAGCAUAAUCUUGAUUGGAGCAGAACCCUUGAGCCAGGUGAAGACAUUUUGGAAAACUAUAGCCUUACUGAAGCGCGUCUUGAGCCGGAGUUUGUCUACAAUGUCUCGAUCAUGAUCUCCGUGGACGACGUUGCAGAUCAAAGCAACGCCACGUUCCUGAGCUUCCAAUCACCAGCGGGCAUUCCAGUAAUUGACGAAGAAAUCAACUGGGGUACAGUGAACGUGAUGAACGCUCCCAAUCCUACGAAGUCGGCAAUGAUCAGCCUGGCCGAUAUUAUCUUCGAGUUUAACGUAGGAAGCAUUCAGUACGUGGCGCUAUUGGUUUCCGAGCGUCAGUGUCAGGAAGAUCCGAAACCUCAAAGAAAUCUUUCGAACGAAUGGCCCGAGGUUCUUUCGUGGAAAUCGGCCAUUGAAGCUCCUUGCACACCGCAGUAUCAGACAACUCCAAAGCAAUGGAAUCCGAUGGAGGAGAGAAGGUUUCGAGGCAGAUCGGAUGACGAUGUUCUAUACGUUAUUGGAAGUGAGACUUGCGAGGCGGGGCAAGAAUUUUGCAACGGUCCACUGAAACCAGGAACAGAAUACGCAUUGAUAGUGCGGGUUUUCACCAACAGUGGGUACAGCGAUUCGACGUUGCAAAUUUUCCGAACGGAUUCUCUGAUUCAGCUCACCAUUAUUGUUAUCUCAAUAUUCGCCUGUCUUCUAAUGGCAUUCUCGCUAGGCUUGGUGAUCCUCUGGAGAACGCAUAAGCUGACGAUACCACCGCAGACCGCCGUGCGGUCACCGAAUGAAGAACCCGCUGACAUACCGCUGAAAAGCUUCUCGGGAAUCUACGAGGAACUGAUUCAAUCAAAUCGGGAGAAGAUCAACAAAGAAUAUCAAGCGAUCAACUUCUACUCCGAACAGCUGAUCAACGAGAAGGUGACCUUCUUCGUUGCAAAGGAAAACGAGCGUAAGAAUCGCUAUCUGGGCAUUUUUCCCUACGACGGCAAUCGAGUUCCGUUGGAGUGCGAUGACAUCGUAACCGAAGAGGAGGACGAGGAAGUCAACGACUACAUCAACGCGUCGUUCAUCGACGGCUACAAGUAUCAGCGCGAGUACAUUGCAACGCAGGGUCCGAAGAAGGAAACUUGCUUCGACUUUUGGCGGAUGAUUUUGCAGUACGAGGUGGAAACGAUCGUGAUGCUGACGCAGACGGUCGAGAACGAUCGGAUCAAGUGCUAUCAGUAUUUCCCGCGGUUCAACCAGACGUUGCGCUUCCGGGACGUAGCGGUCAAAUGCACCCAGGAGCUUAAUCUGAGCUUCUAUCAAAAGCGUUUGUUUUUGGUGUCUAGGGAUAAUCUGACCAGACCCGUGUUUCACUACCAUUUCCUAGCAUGGCCCGAUCAUGGCUGCCCGGCCAGUGCUUCCGACCUGAUCAAGUUUAUCAAAAUUAUUCGCUCGGAGCGAAAGAAUCUUGCACUUCCCGUCGUCGUCCACUGCAGUGCCGGAGUAGGCCGAACGGGAACUUUGAUCGCGCUGGACAUCAUUCUGCAGCGAAUCCAGCAGGAAAAGAAGAUCAACAUCUACGAGACGGUCAAGCAGCUGCGUAGCCAGCGAGUGAAAAUGGUUCAAACUAGCGAACAGUACGCCUUUCUGUACCAUGCAUGCCUAGAAUACACAACCAGGAACAAUAGGAAAAAGCCAAAGACUAGCGACGAAGAGAGCGCCUCGUCGACGAGAAGUAACACGAAUGCGCCUGGGAGUGUAGCAGCAAAAAGUGCCCGGAGGAACAUGAUCAACAUCAAGUUUCCCAAGUACGUACACAGUGGAAUUUCCAACGUCAAAAGCUACGCGCCGGAUGAUGUCGAGGCUAAUACCUGAGGUGGGAGAGAGAUUGUUUAGCGACGAAGUGUGCCAUUAUCAGAAUUGAAAUUGUAUUUUCCCUUUAAGAAGUGAUUUUUAAAGGCUACAUGAACUUUGGUUUUAGCACGAACAUUCUGUGGAAUAAAGUACUAGUCAUUUGCAAUAAAGUAGCAAUUCUAUUAAAA